AACUGAAAAUGGUCCUGAAAAGCCUCUAUAUCCAAGCAUUAAAUCUGACAACUGAACUUUUUGUCAAACCAUUCGCACUCUUUUGUACGAUUCUUUUUUAUAUAUGGUUGAAUGGUGUCGAAGAAAUUACCGUUUCUAAACUGUUCAUUACUGUCAAUUUAUUCAAUACUAUUGCGCUCAACAUUUCAAUUUUUAUUGAGGCAAUUUUUCAGAUGUUUGAGGCAUUAGCCGCGAUAAAACGUUUACAAAUGUUUCUGCAAUAUGAAGAAUGUAAAACUGAAACGGAGUCAAUAAGUUCCGAUGAGUUGGAGGCGCAAAAUUUGGCCAUUAAAAUGAAAAAUGUUACAGUUGAAUGGAAUGUGGUUGAAAAUCAGAAUAGUUCCUCUUCAAAGAUGGACCCAAACCAAAGUAAAAUAGAACCAACAACCAACGAAAGCCAAGCAUUUGGACUUCGUGAUAUAAAUUUAGAGGUGCCGAAAGGCAAAUUGGUUUUCGUCGUCGGAUCAGUUGGAGCAGGUAAAUCAACGCUAAUGCAAGUCUUGUUGAAGGAGCUACCACUGAUUCAGGGUACAAUGGGAAUCAAUGGCACGGUGUCAUUUUCAAGCCAAGUUAGUUGGACGUUUACAUCGACAAUUCGGCAAAAUAUUACUUUUGGUCAGGCGAUGAAUCGCACACGAUACGAUGAAGUCACCAAAAGUGCGGCUCUGAAUAAAGAUUUUAAGCAGUUUAGCAAUGGCGAUAUGACAUUGAUUGGUGAAAACGGCGCCGGUCUAUCGGGUGGACAGAAAGCGAGAAUUAAUUUGGCCCGAGCAAUGUACCGCAAAGCAAAUAUCUACCUCAUCGAUGAUCCAUUGAGCGCGGUAGACACUCACGUGCAAGCACAUCUGUUCCACAAAUGCAUUGGAUCGAACGGAUACUUGGCUCGACAAAAUGCCACUCGCAUUUUAGUAACACAUCAAUUGCAUUUCAUGAAGGAGGCAGACUGGAUUGUUGUUUUGAAAGAUGGGAAAAUCGAAACACAAGGAGACUAUGAUACCGUUGUGAAGAAUGGAGUGGAGUUUGACAACGUAUUGAAGCACAAUGAAAACGAACAGAUUGAAAAGGACGAAGAAUCAGAAGAAAAGAAUCGCCGAAUGUCCACCUUGUCACAAAGAAGCCGAGCAGAUUCAAUGGUGUCUUCAAAUAAAAUGGACAACGAUGUGGAGGAACAUGAAAAGAAUUCUGAUGAAAAGAAUGCUCUAAUGGAGUUGGAGGCAUCAUCAAAAGGAAAGAUUAAAGGAUCAAUUCUUCACAAAUAUCUUAAGUCGUCGAAUAUUCCGGGCGUCACAGCACUAUUAUUUGCGUUAUUUUCAAUCGCACAAAUCUUUGCUAGUACAGCCGAUGUAUGGGUUUCAUAUUGGAUAAGAAACGAAGAAGGUCGAACUCGUCAAUCGAAGAUGAUCGAUUCGGUAAAUCAAACAUCUAUUGAAAAUGAAAUUUCGUUAGAGGCCUGGUCCACCCAAACAUAUGUGUAUAUUUAUGGUGGAAUUAUCAUUUCAUUGAUAAUAUCAGCCAUCAUCCGAUCAGCCGUGUUUUCCGUAGUGUGUACAAAAUCUUCGCAGCAUUUACACGACACAAUGUUCCACGGAUUGAUGACGACAAAAAUGAGAUUUUUCGACGUGAAUCCUGCGGGGCGAAUUAUGAAUAAAUUCACAAAAGAUAUGGGCAGUAUUGAUGAAAUGCUACCAAAAACUCUGUUAAAAUCAAGUCAAAUAUGUUUUACCAUGCUAGGUGUAAUAGCCAUCACCAUAUUCACGAAUGUCAAACUUUCAAUUGUGACUCUCACAUUGGGCAUGGUCUUUCUUUUGCUUCGCAAAAUUUAUGUCAAAUGUUCCACAAAUAUCAAGCAUUUAGAAGGAAUAACUAAAUCUCCCGUCUUUACUCACAUUUCGGCGACAUUGGAGGGACUACCAACAAUAAGAGCAUUUCAAGCCCAAGAAAUUUUGCAAGAUGAAUUCGAACGACAUCAGAACUUAAAUACCGGCACAUCGUUUAUGUUUAUAGCUACAUCUAUUGGAUUCGGUUUUUCUCUAGAUAUGAUGAUAUACAUCUUCAUUGGUAUUGUCAUUUAUGUCUUCCUGGCAGCAAAUGAUGGGGUAACUGGUGAUCAAGUUGGAUUGGUUCUAACGCAACUAUUUACUAUGUUGAUUGAGUUGCAAUACGCAGUAAGAUUAAGUGCGGAGGUUACAAAUCAUUUGACAUCCGUUGAACGUGUCCUGGAAUACAGCCAGUUGGAGCCUGAAAAACAACCAGAAAUACCACAAAAUGUAUCGCCAGACUGGCCAUCCAAGGGGAAGAUUCAAUUCAAACAUGUUUCUUACCGAUAUUCGGCUGAUGAUGAACCAAUCUUAAGUGGUUUGUCAUUUUCAGUCGAGCCCAAAGAGAAACUCAGUAUCGUCGGUAGAACCGGAGCUGGAAAGUCUUCAUUGAUCAGUUCAAUUCUGCGAUUGGCAAUCGUCGAUGGCGACAUUAUCAUAGACGAUGUCAACACGUCUUCGAUCAAUUUGCAUGUGCUGCGAUCGAGAAUAUCAAUUAUACCCCAAGAACCAACUCUUUUCUCAGGCACCCUGCGAAGGAAUUUAGAUCCAUUCGAAGAACAUUCAGAUGACGACAUUUGGAAUGCACUCGAGAAUGUUGAGCUCAAAGAAUUAGUUUUGAAGAAUAAUGGUUUGCAAAUGCCGGUUCUGGCUCAUGGACAGAAUUUCAGUACGGGCCAAAGACAAAUCUUAUGCUUGGCUCGUUCGAUUUUGAGAAAGAAUCGCAUCAUUAUUCUUGACGAAGCAACAGCAAAUGUGGACCCUCGGUCAGAUGAAGUGAUUCAGAGGACAAUAAGAGAGAAAUUUGCUAAUUCUACUGUAUUGACUGUUGCGCAUAGAAUUAACACAGUCAUCGAUUCUGAUCGCGUAUUAGUUAUGGAUGCUGGUGUUGCCGUUGAGCUCGAUGCUCCCUAUGUUCUUUUGCAAAACAAAGAUGGAGCAUUCCGAAAAAUGGUCGAAGCGCUCGGACAACAAGGAUAUGAUCGCUUGUAUUUAAAAGCUAAGGCAAAAUUUGAAAGAUCCACAUUUUCUGAAAAAUAA